AUGGCGGCAUGGCGCCCACCACCUCCAAAUAGUAACAGUGCCGUACCUCCAAAUCCUCAGGCUCAAGCUCAGAUACUCAUGCAAAUGGCUCAGGUACAGCAACUUGCUCAUGCUCAACAACAAAUGCGUCUUAAACAGCAGGCUCUUGCCAAAAUCAUGCAACUACAAGGUCAUCAACAAGCUGUUGCUGCAGCCACAGGAAUGCAGGUCCCCAAUGUAGCCGAGCGUAGUUCGCAGAGUUACCCUGGCUCGUCAUCGUUUGGUGCAGCUUCUGACUUGUCCGGUCCCAUUCAAAGUCCACUAGAGAAGCUACUCGCCGCAGCUGGCGUUCAACCAUCGCAAUUCACUGGUGGAUCACAGGAAAGCAACUCGUUCCAGAGCACCUCUCAAGGAGGUGUCGGGCCGGUCGGAGCGCGCAUGCCACCACCUUCUGUACGUCCGAUGAGCCUCGAAGAAUUGGAGCGCAAACUCACCGAGCAAACUAAGUGA